AUGCGAAGCCUCCUGGAGGCUGAACUCUGCUUCCCACAACUCCUCAACUCCUCCUGCAGGAAGAUCAUGCUUCCUCAUUCAACCUCAGCGCUCAUGUACUGCUUACUGUCCUGUGUGUCUUGGCUCACUGUGACCCUUAACCUGCUGGUCAUCAUCUCUAUCUCCCACUUUAAGCAGCUCCACACGCCCACCAACAUCCUCCUCCUCUCCUUGGCUGUCUCAGAUUUCUUGGUGGGUUUCCUCAUAGUCUUUCAGAUCCUUCUCAUUGAUGGCUGCUGGUAUCUUGGCGACUUCAUGUGUGUUCUGUAUUACAUCAUUGAUUAUGUUAUUACAUCUGCAUCAGUAGAGAACAUGGUUCUCAUAUCAGUGGACUGCUAUGUAGCUGUUUGUAACCCUUUCCAGUAUCCCACCACAGUCACACAAAAAAGGGUUUGUGUGUGUGUUUCGUUGUGUUGGAUGUUUUCUGCCGUCUGUGUCUUUAUAGUUUUUAAAGAAAAUCUGGGACAGCCAGGCAGGUUUAAUUCAUGCAUUGGAGAGUGCGUGGUUGGAUUUGAUAAAACUGCUGGAAUAAUAGACAUCUUGUUUUUCUUCAUCGGUCCUGUCACCAUCAUCAUCAUUCUGUAUGUGAGAGUGUUUGUGGUGGCCGUGUCUCAGGCUCGGGCCAUGCGUGUUGCAGCUGUCUCCCUCCAGGGUUCAGUCAGAGGUAACGCUAAGAAAUCUGAACUCAAAUCAGCCAGGACGCUUGGGGUUGUUGCAGCUGCAUUUCUAAUAUGCAUAUGUCCAUACUUUUUUCUCUCAGUUACCGGUGGGGAGACCCAGUUUAGUGCUUCUUCCUUUGCUUUUUUUCUGUUUUAUCUUAACUCCUGUUUAAACCCAUUGAUCUAUGUCUUAUUUUUUCCCUGGUUUAGGAAAACUAUUAAACUAAUUUUCACCCUGCAGAUACUGAAGGCCGGAUCCUCUCAGACCAACAUCAUGUAG